AUGUCGGUCAGAAUGGCCCCUCCCCUUCAUCUGAUCUUCCUGCUCAUCAUUAACAGGGUUUCUUGUGCUGAUUGGGGUGUGAAUUACAGUUCUUUACACAUCUGUGCACUAAAAGACUCAUCAGUGAUCAUGAGCUGCACUUUUACAUACCCUACUGGACAUCAGAUCAUGAAAGUGUUCUGGAACAAAGACCUUGUAAUACAUGGAGAAGAGCAUGCAGAUCUGUCUGAGGACCCUGAAUACAGUCCAAGGCUUCAGUAUCUGGGAGAUAAACAGCAGAACUGCACCGUCAGACUGAGUCAUGUGACAAAGAAAGAUGAACACAAGUAUUAUUGCAGAUUCACUACUAAUGUAACUAAAGAAAGAUGGAUUGGCACUCCAGGAGUGCGUCUCUCUGUCACAGAUCUUCAGCUGGAGUCUCCUGAGAGAGUGACAGAGGGAGAUUCAGUCCGUCUGACAUGUAACAGCAGCUGUGAACUGACUGACACACCAACAUUCAUCUGGUACAGAAACUCACACACAUUGACUGAAGGAACUAUUGGAGACAAACUCAUCCUCAAUCCAGUCAGAAGAGAAGAUGCAGGCAGAUAUAGAUGUGCUGUAGAUGGACACACACUCACAUCACCUGAGGUCUAUCUCAAUGUCACCUAUCCUCCAAACAACAUCUCAGUGUCCAUCAGUGGAUCUGCUGUAAUAAUGUCUGGAGAUUCAGUGACUCUGAACUGCAGCAGCGACUCAAACCCUCCUGCAGAAAUACACUGGUAUAAAGGAACAAAGUUUGUAGGAUCUGGAAGAAUCUUCAACAUCUCCAAGAUCAGCUCUGAUGACAGUGGAGAAUACAAGUGUAAAACCAGAAAUGACCAUAAAGUGAAAUACUCUGAUCCUGUGACUUUAAAUGUCCAGUAUCCCCCCAGGAACGUCUCAGUGUCUAUAAAUGGAUCUGCUGUAAUAAUGUCUGGAGAUUCAGUGAGUCUGAUGUGCAUCAGUGACUCAAACCCUCCUGCUCUGAGCUUCAGCUGGUUUAAGGAGAAUCAAAGCUCAGCUGUUGGAUCUGGACAGAGUUUCAGUGCAGUACAGAGUGGACGCUUCUACUGUGAGGCUCACAAUCCACAUGGAGCUCAGAGAUCAGACGCCGUCACUGUCACUGUUAAAGGUAAAGCAGCUCAUUUACUUACUCCUAAAGUGAACAUUUUCUGAUGUUUUACUCUUUCGUCUGCUGUAGGACGUCCGCUGAUAUUACACAUAUCUAUUGGAGUGGUUUGUGGAGCUGCAGUUGUCAUUAUGAUGUUGCUGAUUUGGU